UUGCAUGAUUAAAAAAAUUGCUUGCAUUUUUUGUAAGUUAGGGAAUUAAAUCAUGUGAAGUAUAUAUCUGAUGCUUCCUGUCCUGUUAACAUGUCAAAAUAACGAAAACAAAUAAAAUGAGGUUAGGUUAGGUUAUACCUGGGCACCACAGUGCAUUUGUUCUAUGUCUGCAUGGGUAGAAGUCUGUUCCUAGUAUGAUUUAAUGAUCAUGAUAUGGAUGAUAACAUAAAUUUCUUUUGUUGUCUUCACAGAUGACAGCAUAUUUCAGUAAAGCUUUGGGCCGUGCAAAGGUAGCUGUUCUUGGCCUUAUCUGCUUUACUAUUGUCUUCGUUCUAUAUUUUGCGCUUUCAGCUUUUUCGUGUCCAUCUACGUCCACAUUGGCUGAGGAAAAGACUUCUGAAGCCCCAGAGCCAACUGAAAAGCCUGUCGUCCUGCUGUGGACCUGGCCUUUUGCUGUAGAGUUUGAUUUUAAAAUAUGCAAAGCCUACUUCAACAUUGAUAGCUGCAUACUGACUAAUAACAGGUCAUUGUACAGCCAAGCAGAGGGAGUCAUUUUGUUCCAUAAAGACAUCUCCUGGGAUUUGAAGAACUUGCCUCAGGAUCCACGUCCAUAUUUUCAGAAGUGGAUUUGGUUCAAUUUGGAAUCUCCCAAGAACACGGCAAAGAUCCCAGGCUUGGAAAACCUGUUUAACUUAACACUGAGCUACAGACGAGAUGCUGACAUCACAGUGAGGAAUGAGGUGACGAUCAAGAAUACAGACACGCAGGAGGAAUUUGUUCUGCCCAAGAAAGACAAAUGUGUGUGUUGGAUUGUCAGUAACAAAAACUCAGCUACUGGAAUAGCUUUGAGAGAGAAAUAUUUCAGAGAGCUGUCCCGACACAUUAGGAUCAAUAUCUUUGGUAAUGAUUUUACAGAGCACUUUUUAGAAUUUGAAAAGUAUUACCCAACCCUUGUGACUUGUAAGUUUUAUCUCUCAUUUGAGAACUCGUGCAACAAAGACUACUUUGUUGAGCAGGUCAACAUGCCCCUCUUAGCCGGGGCGGUUCCUGUAGUUCUGGGUCCACCAAGAGAAAACUAUGAGCAGUUCCUUCCCAAUGGUUCCUUCAUUCACGUAAAUGAUUUCCGUGAUGCUGAAGGACUGGCAAAGUUUCUGAAGCACCUGGACAAGGAUCAUGAAGCGUACAUGAGUUACUUUGAGUGGAGAAAGUACUACAAAGUCACUCCUCAUCUUUUGACACUCUCCAAGGAAUUCAUUCAACCUGUCUGCCUAGCCUGUGACCGCAUCUCAAAAGACAAAGGAUACCAUGUUAUCAAUGAUCUUUAUGGGUGGUACUUUUCAUGAAAACUACAAAAACAAACUCCAGCUUCAUUCGCCAUCCGAUACUGGUUUAAUAAGUCUUCACUUGCUGCCAGUUUAUGAUUUGUUAAGAUGAUCCAGUGGAACCAGUUGAGAUGACGAUAAAGAUGCUUCAGACCGUUAUGCUGAAACUAAAGUCCUAAACCACGUCAUCAUGUUCAGAAACAUUUCCUAUCUUCCCCUGCCCCUUCCCACACAAGCCAGAGGGAAUAUUCAGUAUAUCUCAGCGGUUUGCUGUUCACCUCUGGAACUACCAUCCUGAGGAAAGUGGGGAUGUAGCUGGUCCCGACUGAAGUCGAUUCUGCAGAGCAGCAGUAUCUUGAGCAGAUGAGAGACUGACAGAGGAGGAGGUCAAGAUGCUGCAAAAGUACAGCAGAGGAGAGGAAACUCCUGAGGUUCUGAUCCAUUUCCAGAACUGGGAUUCGUUAUGACUCUGCAAUGGACCUCAGGACACUUAUUAUAUGGAACAGCUAAAGGAAAAACUCACAAUAUUUUUACAUAUGUUUUUACAUACACAAUAUGUAAAAACAAUAGACAAACUAAACAGGCGAGCUGAUACUGUUGAGACUGAAACUGGACGUGGUUUUAUACGAACCUAUUGAAAACAAAAACUGGUAUUACUCCUUCUGUGUCUAAUGAGUUUCCAUAUUUAGGGGUAGUGGAGACUGUUUUUCACUGUUUUUAUGAAUAUAAACUACUCUGUAGUCUUUUUACUGCAAUGUCGUUUGUUUUUAAACAGUUUGAUGAAACAUGGUGUCAGACUACCUUAAUUUUUGGAGUCUGCUACAAAAAAGCUAACGCCUCAAAGUUGCAGCUGCUCAACUUGAUUGUAAGACAAGCCAAAUUGUCGAAAUAUACAGCAGCAGAAAGAGCAGAGUGGAGGGAAGGACAGGGGAGGAAGCACCUCCUGUUUUCAUCUCCUUAGUCAAAGCCUAAGGAUGAUUUUAUUUAAAAAUGGUGCUAAAAGGAUGCAAUGUGUUGUGUGAUCGGAGACAACUUAAGGCUCAACAUUCCUCUAAGAUAAAUAGUCAGUGUUUGUUAUCUUGUUUCUAUGUAUUGUUGUAUUGUUAUGAAAACAA